CUGUGUUGUUGAACGCUGCCGCCGCAUCGAAUGGCAGGGACAGCCGCUGUCCGGCAUAUAUAUGUACCAAGCCCUGUAUCAACGCCUCCCUUUCCUUGUCAGCCUCUAUCUUCCCGUGCACAUCCUCUUCUUUCAACACUGCAACUAUGCACGUUAAAGUAGCCUUGCUCGCUUCGGCGUUGGCCGUGGCCGCCGUCCCAGCCUUCGCGCAACAAACGAGAAGCCCGGCAGUACCACCACCGACCGUAGUCCCGCAGCCCACACCCCAGCAAUCCACUGUGCCUGCUCCUCCGCGACCCACGGUGAUAGUGACCGCCACGGUUCCUAUGCCUCUUCCGCCGAAGCCGACAGUUCCAUCAAGGCCGCCGGUCACCGUUGUUGUUCCCCCACCCGCCCCCACUACUCCCGCUGGCCCUGGCCCUGUUGUGGUUACCCUUCCAGCUGCUACGGCCACUGCAACGCCUGUCCCCGGAGAGGAGGUCAUCACGACAGUUGAACAGGCCCGAGCGGCGGCGGCUGCUGCCGCCGCCCGCAUUGCGGCCGAGGGAGCUCAGGCAGCGAUCAAUUUGGACAAUCUAGCGACCGUGCAGGGUGUCCCCGCAUAUCCCAACAUGCCAACGGUGUGGCCGGACCCGAACGAAAGCAGGGGUGCUAUCAACAUUCCAGAACUGUUGAAGGCGCCCCUGGUCGUCGCUGGAAUGGCCAAGGUCACCGCCGCCGUUUCGCCUGCGCUCUUGGAGAUCCCACCCUCCCUUCACACCGACCAAUAUGGCCGCGUGUGGUACACAGGGAACACCGCCCAGAAUUGUCACUGGCCCAGCACAAAAUGCCACACUCCUGAUGCCUCCGUUGGUGUGCUGCCCGAUAUCACGUCUUGCCCCGCACCCAACACCUAUGGAUUGACAUACGACGAUGGACCUAGUAAUGCCGCCAACGCAAGCCCGAGCUCGUUAGAUCUCCUCACUGCCCUCGCUCAACAGCAGCAGAAGGCCACCUUCUUUGUUGUUGGAGGUCCUAUUGUCUUUGCCCCCGAAGCGCUGGUUCGCAUGUAUGCAGAGGGACACGAGAUCGCCGUGCACUCUUGGACUCACAGCCCGUUGACUACGCUCACCAACGAGCAAAUUGUCGCUGAAAUCCUUUACACGGAGGCUCUCAUCUACAAGAUCCUCGGAGUUCGUCCCCGUUACUUCCGUCCCCCAUACGGAGACGUUGACAACCGUGUGCGUGCCAUCAUUGGAGCGCUCGGCUACGAGAGCAUUUUGUGGACCGACGUCAAGGACACCAUGGACACCUCCCCCGCUCAAUUCCCCACCUUGGUCACCAACGUGCAAACUUGGUUUGUUCAGCAACCUGGUUUCAUUGCGCUCCAACACUCCCGUAAGUCCAUUCUCAGACUUCUGGUGCAAACCUGACGUUGAACUGACUAUA